ACUAAAUGAGUGAUAGCAAGUAGCAACCAAGAAACCGUCAUCUUGUUGCCCCAAAAAAAAAAAAAUUGUCAUCUUGUGUUGUGGUUUAUGCAAAACAACUCUGCAUCUGCUUGCUGGCUCCUGCAACCAAGUUGCAGAAUUGGUUCCUCUUCAACAGUUAAACACCAAAUAAAAACAACUUGUUUGCUGAAAUAUAGAAUAAUGUUUUCAACCACCAUUAUUACACCAUCAAGCUCAAGCUCAUUUUCAGCUCCCCAACUUUCUUUCAAUUCUUACACCCACUUCAUCAUCAGUGCAAAUUCAAAAUCAAAAUCAAAAUUAAAGCUUGAUUCUUUUUUCAAAAACUUUUACAGGAAAUCUUUACAAUCAAAACCAGUUACUCAGCUCCUCUUCAAAGUCCCAAAUCAAAAUGGGUUUUCCUCCCAAUCUCACCAUUCAAUUUACACUUCCUCCAGACGCUCUUUCAGGCCUGUCAUGGAAUCGCAAGAUUGCACGGUUAAGAAGGAAGUUGAUGUGCCUAUUUCUUUGGCGUAUGAGUGUUAUUCUGAUCGCGAAGCCAUGCCUAAAUGGAUGCCGUUCAUUUCAUCCGUAAAGGUCUUGGAAGAUAAGCCUGAUCAAUCAAGAUGGACUCUGAAAUAUAAAGCAUUUGGUCGUGAUAUCGAGUUUUCUUGGCUUGCUCGAAAUCUUCAGCCCAUUCCGAAUCAGAAAAUUCAUUGGAGAUCUCUGGAAGGGCUUCCAAACAGUGGCGCUGUUCGAUUUUACCCAAGAGGUCCUUCAUCAUGUCUUAUUGAACUUACUGUUUCAUAUGAAGUUCCUCAGCUUCUAGCUCCUGUAGCAUCAGCACUUCAACCUUUUCUAGAAAGCCUGCUUCUACGAGGUCUCGAAAGGUUUACAAAAUUUGCGAAGAACCGUCAACUAGACUCAGCAAAUUGAUCCUGUGCAGUUCAUAGUUUCGGUAACCAACUGACUUGUUGAUGUAACCAGCUAUGUUGUAAAGAAGUUCUUCGCGAGUUGCAAUCAACAAGAAGCAUUACCCUAUUUGCAUAUUAUUGGUACUAUAUUUGAACCUGAUGUUGAUACAAAAUACAAUCAUAGCUACCUAAUGCAGCACGCCUAUAUAUGUUCUGUGGCAUUGGUUUGCAAUAGGUUGUGUAUACUCUAUUAGUGAUUUUGGGAAGUAAAAGUGUAGAACCAUUUCAGGACUAUAUAUUUACCGAAGCAAUGUAAAGUGCGACUUAUUAUCUCUAUUCUAUAUGGGAAGAGGGGUAGGACACCAAAAUAUUAGAAAUCUUAUAUUACCCUUAUUGUAUCUCUA